AUGAAUACCAAGACUUCACCGGCUCCUUCAGAUCACGACAGACAGCAAGCCCAUCCUACACAUCUUCUACAAUCGCGAGAGACAGGAGAAUUAGGGCCUCGCCAGCCUCGAUAUGCUUCGUUAGCAACGAAGCCUGCGCCCGUGGCAAAAUCAUGGGCGCAUUUCGUUGCAGGAGGGUUGGGGAGCAUGACCGCAGCCACUCUGACUGCGCCCUUUGAUGUCCUGAGAACGCGUCUCCAGUCCGAUUUCUAUCAAGCACAGCUGGCACAAACUCGACUAGCAAAAGGCAUUUCGCCCCACGCGCAUCUAUCUCCACUCCAAAGUGGAAUACUACAUUUUCGAGAGACAUUUCAGAUACUGGGCUCGGUACAUAGGGUAGAGGGAUGGAGAGCGCUCUUCAAAGGCUUGGGUCCAAAUUUGGUUGGCGUUGUACCCGCAAGGUCGAUCAACUUCUUUAUGACUGGGAAUGGAAAACGAAUCAUUGCAAAUAACUUUAAUGAUGGGAAAGAAGAAGCCUGGGUUGUUCUAUGGGCAGCGGCUGUAGCUGGGAUAGUCACUUCGACGGCGACGAAUCCUAUAUGGUUGAUUAAAACGAGAUUACAGCUGGAUAAGAAUGUGGUAGAGGCUGGUGGCGCUACGAAGAGACAGUACAAGAAUUCUUGGGACUGUAUCAAGCAAGUUGUGAGAAUAGAGGGGUUUCGGGGCCUUUACAAGGGCAUGAGUGCAAGUUAUCUGGGGGUGACAGAGAGCACGCUUCAGUGGGUGCUCUAUGAGGAGAUGAAGAAGUCAUUGAAAGCACGAGAAGAUCGAGUGGCCCAUAAUGGAAGGCCCAAGACACUAUGGGAUAAUACCGUGGAGUGGACUGGUAAUUUGGGAGCUGCAGGAAGUGCAAAAUUCGUUGCGGCUCUCGCAACAUAUCCGCACGAGGUUGUUCGAACACGUCUUCGACAAGCACCUUACGAGAACGGGCACCUCAAAUAUACCGGUCUGAUCCAAUGCUUCAAACUGGUAUGGAAAGAGGAGGGCAUGGUAGCCCUGUAUGGAGGACUAACCCCUCAUCUUUUGAAAACGAUCCCAAACGCUGCGAUUAUGUUUGGAAUGUAUGAAGGGAUCCUGAAGUUGUUACAUGCGCCAUCAUGA